GUGUAUAUAUGGAGACGCGUAGAACUGCUCGUGUAGAUCGGUAACUGCUUAUAGAUUUGCUGGUAUGUGUGAAAAUUGUCACCAGCUGGAACAAAGCCGCUCUUAGUAUCUGAAAUGAGCUACUGCUUUGGCGCUGCUGUGCAGUCAUUCGCGCGGCAUGGAGUCCAUCUCUCGUCUAUUUUGCUGAUCGCAUCGAAACCGAUCAUGUCAAUUAUUCGCGUUUGUGCGCUGUCCGGAAAGGUCGUGCCAAAACUUAACCAAACGAAAUCUAUGCGAAAUAAGCGCGAGCACAGUUAGCACAGCUGAGACCUUCAGUUUAAAUAACCCUCCAUAAACAUUGCUAAUAUACGGUGAUUAAUACUAUAAGUAGUAACAUACACACAAAUACACGCUAUGAAGUUCAACUUUAUGAAAAGCAAUUCCACAGAAAGUGAGACUAAGUCCUCACCCACCUCGGAAACAUCUGCAACAGAACCGCUGGCACCGCAAUAUUUGCGUCAAAUCACAAUUGAAAAUGAUCCAGAUUCACUUGAUAGUGUCAUCAAUAAUCCACAAUCAUAUCCCAUCACAAUAGUUCCGAACAGGCCGAAUACAUUCUAUGGAUUCUCACCCAGCGGAAAAGUAUAUAAUCGGCAGUCAAGCUGCAGAUCUCGAAAUUAUAGACCCGGGAGUAUGCGUAAAGUCCGUCGCCGGGCAGUGUUCAAAAAUGGCGAUUGCAAUGUGUUACAGAAAAAUUUAACCAGGCGACGUUUGCGAUUCCUGCAGGAUAUGUACACAACUCUGGUGGACUCACAAUGGCGUUGGACUUUGUUGGUCUUUGCUUUGAGUUUUAUACUCUCCUGGUUGAUAUUUGCUGUUCUGUGGUGGCUUAUAAUGUAUACACACGGUGAUUUAGAGGAGAUGCACCUACCUGACAAUCAAGAGGAAAGUGGAUGGCAGCCUUGUGUUUCCGCCAUUGAAGGUUUUACGUCCUGUUUUCUGUUCUCAAUCGAAACGCAACACACGAUUGGGUAUGGUGUGCGCACUACUUCGCCUGAAUGUCCCGAGGCAAUAUUUAUGAUGUGCUUCCAGUCUAUUUAUGGUGUAAUGUCUUCAGCCUUUAUGGCUGGCAUUGUCUUCGCUAAAAUGACACGCGCCAAGCAACGCGCACAAACCUUACUCUUCUCAAAAAACGCCGUCAUCUGUCAACGAGAUGGUUUUCUUACUCUAAUGUUUCGUGUGGGUGAUAUGCGGAAAUCGCAUAUUAUAGGAGCAGCGGUGCGUGCUCAGUUGGUGCGCACACGCACUACUAAGGAAGGUGAAGUAAUGACACAAUACUUCACCGAAUUAGAAAUUGGUUCAGAUGAGAGUGGCUCGAGUCUGUUCUUUAUAUGGCCAAUGGUUAUUGAGCAUAAGAUAGACGAGAACUCGCCACUUUAUAAUAUGUCUGCAACAGAUUUGCUGCAAGACAAAUUCGAAAUUGUUGUCAUACUCGAAGGCACCGUGGAGUCAACUGGACAGUCAACACAAGCACGUUCUAGUUAUAUUAAUACGGAAAUACUAUGGGGUCAUCGUUUCGAUCCAGUUGUAGUGUACAAUAAAAAUUUACAGGCUUAUGAGAUUGAUUAUGCACGUUUUAAUGAGACAACACAGGUCGAUACACCAUUGUGCAGUGCACGCGAAUUACAUGAAAUCUAUAAAGUGCAGGAAGGCUUCCGAACGCCAGACUAUUGCACUUCAACAUCGAAUCUUCAGCUUCAUCAUCCACCUAUUCCUCUUAUACAUGUUUCUACUCCAGCUGACUUAACUCCCAGCAGUUCUGGUACAUCUGGUACAUCAUUCAUUGGACCUCCGUUAGGUCUCUGUGGGGGCCACAUUCAAUAUAAUAGUUCGGAGAUAUAUCAACGAACAAAUUAUGAUUUGAACUUAUAAUGCAAAUAAAAAUGUUAGUAAUUUUAUUAAAAACGAAUAUUAAAAAUGUUUUCACGAAUUCAAAUUAAUAAACAAAUUAAUUAAAUAAAUUU